AGGGAGGGGUGCCUCGUCGUUGGCCAAUGGGAGGCGGUCUUGUUCGGGGCGGCGCAGCCCUGAGAGAGUCUGUGAGAGGAGCCGCCUGGCUGCUGCUGUUUCGGGCGUGAGGAGACGCGGAGGCCGGACCAGGUGGAUAAAAGAUCUUACAGAUGGCAGAAAACAGUAGGGCAGAAGAUGCUGCCUCAGAUUCUGUGGAAAGUGCUAAAGGCACAGGUGAUAAAAAAGAAAAAUUAACAGACCAAGUAAUGCAGAACCCACAAGUCUUGGCAGCUUUACAAGAUCGACUUGAUAAUGCACCUCACACUCCUUCCAGCUAUAUUGAAACCUUACCAAAAGCAGUAAAAAGAAGAAUUGAUGCCUUGAAACAGCUUCAGGUGAAAUGCGCACAUAUAGAAGCUAAAUUUUAUGAAGAAGUUCAUGAUUUAGAGAGAAAAUAUGCAGCUCUUUAUCAACCCCUUUUUGAUAAGAGAAGGGAUUUCAUCAUUGGUAAUGCUGAACCUACCGAAGCAGAGGCAGAAUGGCACAGUGAAAAUGAAGAUGAAGAGAAACUAGCUGGAGACCUGAAAAACAAAGUAGUAAUAGAAGAAAAAGAAGCAGGAGCAACCGAAGAGACAAAUCCUAAAGGAAUCCCAGAUUUUUGGUUCACAAUAUUUAGAAAUGUAGAUAUGCUGAGUGAAUUAGUACAGGAAUAUGAUGAACCUAUUCUAAAACACCUGCAAGACAUUAAAGUGAAAUUUUCUGAGCCAGGACAGCCUAUGUCUUUUACAUUAGAGUUUCACUUCGAGCCCAAUGACUACUUUACUAAUUCAACUCUGACAAAAACCUACAAGAUGAAAUCAGAACCAGAUAAGACAGAUCCAUUUUCAUUCGAGGGUCCUGAAAUUGUUGAUUGUGAGGGAUGCACUAUUGAUUGGAAGAAAGGAAAAAAUGUUACAGUAAAAACAAUAAAGAAGAAACAGAAACACAAGGGUCGAGGCACUGUCAGAACAAUUACUAAACAAGUACCUAAUGACUCAUUUUUUAAUUUCUUCAGCCCAAUUAAAGUUUCAGGAGAUGGAGAAUCACUGGAUGAAGAUUCAGAAUGUACUUUAGCCAUAGAUUUUGAAGUUGGACACUUCUUCCGUGAAAGAAUAGUGCCCCGUGCUGUCCUCUAUUUCACUGGAGAAGCUAUAGAGGAUGAUGAUAAUUUUGAAGAAGGAGAGGAAGGAGAAGAAGAGGAAUUAGAAGGAGAAGAAGAAGGAGAAGAGGAAGAAGAUGCAGAAAGUGAACCUAAGGUGUAAUUUAACUCUGUUUAUCAUUCAUUCAUUCAUUUAUAGAAAGAUGCCAGUCAACCUGCUGAAUGCAAACAACAAUAAGGAAAUACCACUUCAGAGUGAUAUUUGAACAGCCUGUAACAAUAUUUGGAUACCUGGCCUGCAGUUCAGGAAAUUCCAUUACUGCAGCACAAACUUAUUAACAAUGCUUAAACUAAAUUGUUUUCAAAUGCAUGAUUUUCACUAACUCUUUUCUUAUUUUUGCUUAACUUGUACAGUGGCAACUUAAUGCAUUUGAGAAAUAUGAGGUUUAAUUAAAGCACACUCUACAGUCUUUGGUACAAUUUAGCUCAACUGUCUCUGUAGGCUUUUCCAUUAAAUUAAAAAUUAAUUUGCCUUUUUGAAAAACUUACCCUCAAUGCAAGGUAAGUUUUUAUCAAAAUACUAUGGAAUAGGAAUAUUUAGACUAUAUUAAAUUAAUAAAAUACAGUAAAAACAAAUAAAGCAAUAUGCCUUCUGGUAGAUCUUUUCCCUUUAAAAUAAAUCUCCUAUAACCAUUCAGACAGACUAGUGCUACAGAGUACCUUAAAAACAUUGUCAUUUCCAGUAAUUUUAAACUGAAAAUAACAUUUCCCUUAUCUUUGAAGAAAGGAGUGGUUGAGAGACAUUUAGUUGUUCACCUUAUUUAUUCAUUUUUGUAAGUACUUGGGUGAACUAGUACUUUUAAUAGUUUUAAAAUACUUGAAGAAAAUCCUGUUUAUAAACUAUGGGUACUUGUAUGUGGAAAACUCAUACUUUACUCAAGAAAAUGAUUGCUUCUCAGACAUUUCAAAACAACAACCCUGAUGUGGGCUCCCUAGGUUGAGAAGGUUGCAGCACUUAAAUAUAUAUCCCUGGUUUGCUUGGCACUGUUCAGACAUUCUUAAAUCCAAAGGCUUGAAGCCUGGACAUAAGCUGCAACUUUACGAGCUUGUUCUCCGCUGUUGGGUGCAACUUCCCUUUUAAUCUUCCUUCAACCUUAAGAACAGACCAGAGUUUGAUGAACCAGCAUGCUGUAAUUUAUAUUCAACCUUUAAAUCAAGUGCAGAUGGUCUUCCUGACGGUUUAGCCAUCAAGUGCAAAUUACAGCAUUGGAAUUCAGAGAACAUAGCAAAGUAUGGCUUCCACUAAACAAAAAAUAAAGUGAAACUACACACCAACAUGGAAAAUAAUGUUCUGGAUAAAUUAGAAGAUGAUCCAGUUUUGGGCCUGUGACAAUUAUAUAAUUGGAAAAAUAUAAAUACAUCCUGGGUGCAUAGUUCUGAUGUUUAUCUGCAAUAUCAAGUCACUCCGUUCUGCAUUUCCAUGUUUUUUUUAAAGCUCCAGAAUCCUUCCGAAGAAUAUUCAGAAUACGGUUCACUUUUCUUAAGCAUACAAUGCCAGCUUAUGGCAACACUUCAUUAUCAAUUGUAUGAAUGCUCUUACCAGGCAUGUAGAGAGUGCUCCAGCCUUAUCUUAUACAUUUGUAACUUAAUACAGUGUUUUCAAUUUGUACAGAAUAGUUAGAAUAUUCUAUUAAAGUUGUGAAACAUGAA